UGUGCAAUUUCCUCGAAAAGGAAAAGAGUUGUGUAGCACAGUCAAAGCUCCUGACUCGGUUCAGAUAGGAAGCGAAGCUACCGCAGAACGAAAAUGGCAGCGAUCGCUCGGCUUCAUCUCCUGUAUCCUCCGGCUAUCUCCAGACCUUCUCUUCUGUUCCUGAAACCUUCGCUAUCUCCACGUUCCUCGCGCAUCCGCAAGCUCUCCACUUUUCGUCGUCUCUGCUCCAACUCAGAUCAGUCACCUCAGAGCAUUUCUUCGUCAGCCGCGUCGAGCGGUUCGAUUGUCGGAGAUCUCUUGGAUUAUCUCAAUGAGUCCUGGACUCAGUUUCACGCUACAGCUGAAGCCAAAAGACAUUUAAUCGAUGCUGGAUUUCAUUUGCUGAACGAAAAUGAGGAAUGGAAUCUAAAGCCUGGAGGACGCUACUUCUUUACGCGGAAUAUGUCUUGUUUAAUUGCUUUUGCUGUAGGAGAAAGAUAUGAUGUUGGCAGUGGUUUUCAUGUUAUUGCUGCUCACACAGACAGCCCUUGCUUAAAACUGAAGCCAAAAUCUGCAUCAACCAAGUCUAAUUAUCUCAUGGUCAAUGUGCAGACUUAUGGUGGUGGUUUAUGGCAUACUUGGUUUGACAGAGAUCUGAGUGUUGCAGGAAGGGUCAUAGUGAGAGAUAGUGAUGGUUCCUUUCUGCACAAGCUUGUCAAGAUUAAAAGACCUCUUUUACGCGUACCCACUUUAGCCAUACACCUUGACCGCACAGUAAACAAGGAUGGUUUUAAGCCUAACCUGGAAACGCACCUCAUUCCACUGCUUUCAACAAAACAUGAUGAAACAUCUGCAGAGUCAAAAGAGAAAGGUGCCACAGUUUCCUCAAGGCCUGUUCAUCAUCCCCUGCUUUUGCAGAUAUUGUCCGAUGAACUUGGAUGCUGUGCAGAGGAUAUCAUGAGUGUUGAGUUGAAUCUUUGUGAUACCCAACCUAGCUGCCUUGGGGGUGGAAACAAUGAGUUCAUCUUUUCAGGAAGAUUGGAUAAUCUUGCUUCAAGCUAUUGUGCAUUGAGAGCUCUAAUUGACUCUUGUAGAUUACCCGCGGAUUUAUCAACUGAACAUGCUGUUCGGAUGGUUGCUUUAUUUGACAAUGAAGAGGUGGGUUCAGAUUCCUUUCAAGGUGCUGGUGCACCGACCAUGUUUCAGGCCAUUAGACGCAUCAUUGAUUCCUUAGCUGAUAAAUACGUUGGGGAGAAUGCUUUUGAGCGUGCAAUACGGAAAUCAUUUCUUGUUUCCGCAGACAUGGCUCAUGGAGUUCACCCAAAUUUUACAGACAAGCAUGAGGAACACCAUCGGCCUGAAAUGCAGAAGGGGCUAGUAAUUAAGCACAAUGCCAAUCAGCGUUAUGCCACCAGUGGCAUUACCGCUUUUCUUUUCAAAGAAGUGGGGAAAAUUCAGAACUUGCCAACACAGGAAUUUGCAGUUAGAAAUGACAUGGGAUGUGGAUCCACCAUAGGUCCGAUACUGGCAUCAGGAGUUGGAAUCCGCACGGUUGAUUGUGGCAUUGCUCAACUUUCCAUGCACAGUGUGAGAGAAGUAUGCGGGAAGGAAGAUAUUGACAUCGCAUACCAGCAUUUCAAGGCAUUUUAUCAAAGCUUUUCGCAUGUAGACAGUAAGCUGACUAUUGACUAUUAGUAAGUCUACAAAUAUCUGCCUGAAUUUAUUUAUUUAUUUAAUCCCUUGGGGCCUUCUAUGUGCCUAAAUUGCAAUUGAGGAAGAGAGAGAGAGGAGAG